AGAAGCGACAGACCAGGACGGUCUCACGAGGAGACCCUUGCGGUUCUGGAGAAGAGGAGAAGUUUCUGCAGCGCAGAGACUCAGAGCAGGAAAGAUUCCACCCAACUCAGGCAGAGAUUCGGAUGGGAAGAGAGCGGAGGGCAUUGGAUAGCUUGCAUGGAAGAUGGCAGCUCCAGACUUAUUGGACCCGAAAACUGCCACUCACAACACUAAGCCCCGCCUCUCCUUCUCCACCAAGCCCCUCUCACUGUCUCCCCCUGUCGGCAGCGAGGCUGUUGCCACGGUGAUGAAGAGGAAAACGGUGACAGCCAUCUUCCUUGUGGUGGUCCUGUACCUGGUGAUGGGAGCAGCUGUCUUCAAGGCUCUGGAGCAGCCACAUGAAAGUGCUCAGCGUUUGGCGAUCCUGACCCAGAAACUAGAGUUUCUGUCCACACACUCCUGCGUCAACCAGAGUCAGCUAGAGGAGCUGGUGAAGCAAGUGGUGUCUGCUGUCCGCUCAGGUGUGAACCCAGCAGAAACCCUGACCAAUCAAAGCAGCCUGUGGGACCUGAGCUCUGCCUUCUUCUUCGCUGGGACGGUCAUCACAACCAUAGGUUUUGGGAACACGUCGCCCCGCACCGAAGGCGGCAGGAUCUUCUGCAUCGUCUACGCUCUGCUGGGGAUCCCGCUGUUCGGCAUCCUGCUGGCGGGAGUGGGCGACCAGCUCGGCACCAUCUUCGGCAACGGCAUCGCCAAAGUGGAGAAGAUGUUUGUGCACUGGAACAUCAGUCAGACCAAGAUCCGCGUCAUCUCCACUCUGCUCUUCGUGUUGUUCGGCUGCAUGUUGUUCGUGGCGCUUCCAGCCUCCAUCUUCAAACACAUCGAGGGCUGGUCGGCGCUGGAGUCGCUCUACUUCGUGGUCGUCACGCUGACCACCAUCGGGUUCGGGGACUUCGUGGCAGGUGGAUCAGACAUCGAGUACUUGGACUACUACAAGCCGGCGGUGUGGUUCUGGAUCCUGGUGGGUCUGGCGUACUUCGCUGCCAUCCUCAGUAUGAUCGGGGACUGGUUCAAGGUCAUUUCCAAGAAGACCAAGGAGGAGGUGGGGGAGAUCCGCGCUCACGCCGCGGAGUGGACCGCCAACGUCUCGGCCGAGUUCAAGGAGACGCGCCGCCGCGUCAGCGUGGAGAUCUACGACAAGUUCCACCGCGCCGCCUCCAUCAAACGCAAACUGUCCUCAGACCUGGGGUUCAGUCCGACGCCCGAACUCAACUUGCCCAGGAGGACGACGCCUGUCGGCCACAGCGACGACAGGGACCCAGGGCUGAUGACCUCGCUCACCAGGAACAGUGGUCUGUUCACCAACAGUCUGGACAUCGAGAGAGGAGACCUGUCCAUCAUAGAGAACCUGAAGUAAACUAACCCACACACCGUUUCAGGAGAACUGUUGUCUCAUGUCAACUCACAGGGAAAUCAGGGGACUCGGAGGUCAAGAAGAGCAUCAGACACGCUAGUUAAUGACUGAGGUUUGGUUUACUGCCGCCAGUCAUGAAGGUUCAGUGAAGGAAAAGUGUGAAGCCCUCCAAUUCUGAGUGAAGGUGAAGUCCGUGUUAUUGGUCUGGCACAGAAGGAAAUGGGUGGUUUAGCUCCGCUGUCUGACCUUUGACUGUAGCGCCAUAAACACUGGCACCACUCAGAAGAGCGUGGCGUGAGGUUCCGUACAUUUCAGUUCAACAUCUUACAGAAUGAUCCAUGUGGCUGAUCUCUCUUGACAUGAAAAGCCCUUUGCCAAGUUUUGACUAACCCUCAUCUUCAUCAUUGAAAGUAGAGUCCAACUGACGUUGUGGCCAAUAACGUGGGAAUAGGUCUAUAGUUGGUCAUGGAAGGGAGAUCCAGGUUGGGAAAGGGAUCAUUCAGGUUCACGCCUGAGCGACAGUGACAGUAUGGUCCAGAGCUUCUUCAACUGGCUCAGAACAGAGGCCAAACUUUGAGUGUCUCAAGAUAGAUUUACAAACUGAGCAUUGAAUGAAUUGUAGAGCAGUUUAACAAGUGUUUCUUCUGUUCUUCUAACAUUUAGGGAACUUGCAGGACUUGAGUAACUUUAGGGAACAUUUAUUGACUAUGCAAGGAAGAUGAAAGGCAGAAGCUUUUUCAUGCCUAAAAUGAAGGUUUAUGUGCUUUAUCUUGCGAACUCUGUCUACCUCAUCACAGCUGAUACUGCUACCAUGUGAAGGGAACGUGGAGCUGAAACUAGAAAGGAACUCAUCCAUUGGUCCAAUAUUCCCCGGUUCUGAGCUUUGAUCUUUAUUUAUUCCACUUGUAGGUUGUAACUCGCACAAAAACAACAAGAGCAUCAACCCUUGUGUCACCACGUUCAGUGCCUGGAAGUUUGAGUCUCUUGCUUGAAGACUCGCUCACGCUUCAGUUCUUUUCUCGGCAGACUAAAGGUCCAGCAUUUCCCAGGACUGACUCACUCCUGCUCUUUGUCGCUGUCACGCCGAGACGAUUGUUGCUCCGUUUUAUUAUUUUAGCCGCGCAAAAACGUUCUCUCUCUGAGGGCUGUGUAUAUUUUUAUACUUUUUGUACAACCCUCUGUAACGAUGCCUUUCAACAGACUGAUAGAAAAUAAAAUGUUUAUUCCUCCCUGUGUGGAG